GAUGAAGAAGGGCAACGCAACUACUGUAGUACAUUUUGUGUUGGCCUGCCUACUUUCUAUAUCCUGGAAACUGUAGUUAGACUGUUUUUUCUUCUUUCCAUAUGUAAGACAUAGGCUACACUGUAGCCAAUAUGUUUCUGUCUGUAGAGUGACCAGUUUAGAUUGUUGUAGCAUAUGGUUAUGCAGUGAAACCAUAUUCAACUAAAUCUAAAGACGUUGGAUGUUUUUUUAAUCUUUCGACUUUACAUAAGGCAUCUGAAACAAUGAAAGUGUGUUUCGUCUUGUGUGUGCUGAGCACCGUGGUAGUUUCUUGUUCGGGAGAAUAUAGUCGCUUCGAGAAGUCAUUUAACUAUUCCCCGGGAAUGAUGCAAGUCCUCCGGGAGACGCUCACGGAUUUGUCCCAGGAGGCGCACAGUUACCUGGUCCACCUUGUUGGGGCGCGGUCUGUUGAAACUGCACAGAAGUGUUUCUUUCGGUUGGUCAAGUAUCUGGCUGCGGUAGCGGCCAGUGGCGCGAAUGUGGUUAUGAAGUACCUCACCCAGUUCCUGAGGGCAGCAGGAGUUGAUGUUCAAAUGCCUGUUAACAGUAUCACCCCAGAUGCUGUGGUCUAUAUCGGUCAGUGGCUUCUGCUGGCUUUCAUUGGCUACUGGCUGCUGUCCCUGGCCUUCCGCUUGGUGGCAUCCACUUUGAGGCGGGUCCUGUGGCUACUGAAGCUGGGUGUGGUUUUAGGACUGUUUGGCCUGAUCCUAAGUGACCGCAGCGCUGAAACAGAGACUACGGCGCUGCGAUUGGCCGGUCUGGUGAGCGUCUGCGUCCUACUGGGUAUAGGGCAUUCUGGCACCGGCGGUGACAAAACCGACCUGGAGGAUCAAGUGAGGGUGCUAGAGAGACAAGUGAGAGAAAUGGAGAGGAGGAGGAGGAGUGAGGGAUGGAUGGAUGGGAAUUGAAAGGCCUUGUUUUGAACAUAAUCUAGGUCUAGGAUCGUAAUCAUGACAUUGUACAUAACGUUUUGUUUGCAAAUGUUUUGGUAUCGUUUUGCAUAAUAAAGCAUUUGCCUUUUUUCUUAAAGAUCCUAUAGUUAUGUUGUGUGUGAAACAGAACUGACAGCUGAUUAGUUUGUUUUCAAGGAGACAGACAAUGUCAUUUCUGUUUAUUAAGGUGGAUAUGUGCAUUUCCCACGGACUAUUCUGCUAUAAAUGCUAUUGAUAUUUGUAGAAUAGAAACAUUCCAUAAGGUCUGACGAUAUGGCGUUGGAAAUCAUUUCCUUCCUCACUCCUCCAGUUAUGGUGGCACACAACACAAACAAAUUCUCUAAUAAAACAAAUACAUACUUCCUAUUACCUA